AAAAGGGAAAGAUCUUUCAAAGCCACAAAGGGGCUUAAGGUUGAGAAUUAGCCUUUAUCCUGACAUGACAUACCCAUCUUUCCUAAACCGAUAAAAAAAUGUUGACUCUACGAGACCAACAACACAUUUUUUUUUCUCUUUUAACAAACAAAAAAAUUAGAAAUAAAAAACAUUAAAACACCACAAAAGCACAAACUUGUCAGAUAAUUUUCUCUUUUUCUUUAAAAAAUAAAAUUUUCGUUCUAGUUUUUAUCCUUUGUUAGAAGAUAAUUUAGAGAAAAAAAUCCUGAGUAAGGGAAUUGAAAAUGACGGAACCAAACGACUUGACAAUUAAAUUAUUUGGAAAAACGAUUCCUUUGCCUGAGAAAUCUCCAAAAGCAGUCGUAGCAGCAACAAUAUCUAACAUUUAUGCUACGUGUGAUGAUGAUUGUAACCAUAAUAAUAAUUAUAAAAAGGACAUCGUGGCAGAUAAAACGAUAGAUGCCGAGCAUGAACUCGUAGACAGAAAGGAGGACCAAUCUAAACAGGACGGUACAGCUCCUCUGGUUGCUUCUGAAGAGUUUAUGAAUUUGGAGGUGACCUAUGGGCCAAGUGACAAGCGUGAUGCACUUUCUAUCGAGAAUGAAAGCACUGGUUUAGAAACUAGUAAAACCGAUGAAGAUCGUAAUGAGACAAGUAACCCAGAAGAAAAAACCUUGAAGAAAUUGAACAAAGUUCUUCCAUGCCCUCGAUGCAACAGCAUGGAUACCAAGUUUUGUUACUACAACAAUUACAAUGUGAGUCAACCGCGACACUUUUGUAAGAACUGCCAAAGAUACUGGACUGCUGGAGGGACGAUGAGGAAUGUACCGGUGGGCGCUGGACGUCGAAGGAGCAAGAACUCAUCCUCUCACUAUCGUCACGUGAUUGUCUCUGAGCCCCUGCGGAAUGCAUGUGAUGGUACUGUUCUUACCCUUGGCUCAAACACACUACUUUGUGAAUCAAAUCAAGUGCUCGUAAUGGUGGAUUUGUAAUGGGGUCCACCAUUUGAUAAUGAAACCAAUCGGUAAUAUUAUUACCUUUGGCUCAAA